AUGGGUUGUGGGCCGGAUUUUAUGGGUGGGAUGGGUAUGUUGCUACUGCCCAGAAGGAGGGGAGGGAUGAGUCAGGGUCUAGAGGUGGAUCUCACAGAGGCAAGGGCUGGGGCAUGGGAUGGGUAUGCGCUUGGGGGGCAAAAAAAAACCAAUAUUCAUUCAGCCAUAUAUUUAAGCCAUAUUGUUUGA